UAUAGACCAAUAUAUCUGCAGAUGGCUUCCGUGUUUUCCGCUGUAUUUUCUGCCAACUGGCAACCCGGGGUGUUCAGAUAUGUAACAGCAAACAGGAAUUGUACAACUUUUGAGCAAUUCAUUACUGUUUUGUACACAUUGUAAUAUUGAUUAUAAUUCAAAUACAUUUUUUUUUUUUUUUUUUUUUUUUAUUGACCACAGUAUUAUUGUUGAUAAUUGAGAGGGACACUUUUGAUUAAUUUUAGAAAAUGCAUGUGCCUGGUUUACGCAAAAACCAUGUUCUGUCCAUUCCAGUGGACUCCGGGUCUGAAGGGGUUAAUGCUGAGCAGGAAGCACUGGACUGAAUGACACAGCCUCACUAGGAAGCAGCCUUUCGUUUGAGAAGCACUCAAAGAUUCACCAAGGUCUCGAAUCCUCACCAAGCAGUUGUGUUUGGAAAACACUUAUCACCACCUCAGACAGACGUUGGGGAUCUUUCUUUUGUGGCUGGAUGAGUAAUUAUUUUUGUAAAACAGUGACAUAGUCAACAGACAAGAAGAAUGGGAUCCAGUGUCUCAGUGCCAGAGAGAAAGAUUGUCCUUGUUGGGAAAACAGAACAUGGCAAAAGCAGAGCCGGAAAUACAAUUCUUGGGAAGAAAGUUUUCGAAGACAAAACUUUGGCAAAUUCUGUAACAGCUAAAUCUCUAAGUGCAGAUGGGAUUGUGAACGGAAGAAAGAUCACAGUUAUUAACACAUCUGGAGCCUUUGACACCGAUCGUGAUGAUAUGGAAAUAAAAUCUGACAUCAUCAAAUCUCUCAUUGAAUGCGCUGAAGGUGUUGAUGCCGUUGUUAUUGUCCUAAAGGUCGGAAGAUACGAACGGCAUGACAUUGAGGUGGUGAAGCAGCUUCUCAAUAUAUUCAAAGAGGAACACAUCUUGAAACACACAGUGAUGUUAUUCACAUUUGGUGAACAACUAGAAGGCAAGACCAUUGAAGAAUUUAUUAAGACCGAUUCACAACUGCAGGAGCUUGUCAAUGAAUGUGAAGGUCGCUGUCACGUCAUCGACAGCGAGUACUGGAAUGACUGUGAUUCAGGGUACAAGAGCAACAGCGUUCAGGUGAAAGAUCUGCUGGACACCAUCGACAAGAUGGUGAAAGAGAACGGCUGCUGCACAUAUGAGCUGCUUCAAAAAGUGGAUGAAACCAUUCAAGAGGAGAUGAAGAUAGACAAAGACAAUUUGCCUCCAGAAGAGAAACGAGAAAAAGCAAAGAAAAUUCUUCAUCAUAAAAUUCUGGAGAAAGUUGCAGGAACAGCAUCAGGGGUGCUGACUGGUGCUGCUCUGGGAGUAGGUGUUGCAGUUUUUGAAGCUGUAACUUUGUUGUUAACACUUGACCCUCUAUAUGAGUUGUUUAAGACCUUUGCAGGACAGAAACCUGUGACAUAUAGGGGAACAGUGAGAUUUAAUGCAGCAGAAGGAGGAGAAGCAGUGACGGUUGAGGAAGCAGCAGCAGAAGGAGCAGCAGAAGGAGGAGCAGAAGGAGGAGCAACCGUAGCAGCUGAGACAGUGGCUGGAGAAGCAGCAGCAGCUGAAGCAGUGGUUGCAGCAGGAGAAGCAGAAGGAGCAGCAGCUGAAGCAGUGGUUGCAGCAGGAGCAGCAGAAGCAGCAGCAGCUGAAGCAGUGGUUGCAGCAGGAACGGCAGCUGAGGUUGUGAUUGUAGAAGCAGUGGAGACAGGAGCAGUGGCUGGAGCAGCAGCAGGUCCAAUCGCUGCAUGUGCUGCUCUUGAAGUUGCAGGUGUUGCAGGAGCUGUUGGAGGAGGAGUCACUGGAUGGAAAGAAGCAGAUGAUGCUGAUUCAGUGGGUGAUGCAAUUAUUAAGGCAGCAAAGGCUAACUACAAGAAUACAAAAGCUGUGAUUAAUCAUGUAAAGGAAUUCAUUAGUCUAUAGGAUAAAAAAAUAUAAAUGGGAAUUAAUUCAUUUAAAUUCAAUAAUGCAUGAUAUCCAGCUUUAUUAACCAUAGACGACAUAAAAAGAUUACAUGCAGCCUUCUGCAGAAGGUUGGUGGGGGAUUAUAAUGGAGAAUAUGAUUAUGACAUUACACUUAACAAAGUUGUAUAUAUAACCAUUUGCACAUGUAACAAGAGUAUAUAUACAUGAAUUAACAUUAACCAUGAUGGACGAAUGUUUAAAAUAUAAAUUAAUUAAUGACACUAAUUUAGAAUUUAAAGUCCACCUGUAGUCAGUAAUUUUAUCCCUUAAAACUCAUAUUUGAUCACCAAAAUAAAACAUUUAAAAUAAAACACGAUCUCAAGAGAUCCACUCGGUGAAAUUACCGAGAUAAAUGCUGCCAAUGGUACCGCUUCUUACAAUGCCGGACACAUAAUGGUAAUUAAUAUGAUUAGCCUUUUGAUUGACUACAUUAUCAAACAGCUAAUAAUGUGUUGCUAAUGUUACACAAACCAUGUUCCUGUUCACGGCUCAGACAGCUGCCUUCUAACAAUCAGUAUCCUUUGAAACCUUAAUGUCAGUGGAGAAAGGCAUAUAGUUCAUAUAGUGUUUGGAGUGAAUAGCUCUAAUCUAACAGUGAAUUUAGCUGACAAAGUCAAUAUUGUGGAAUAAAAUCAACAUAGUGUUUUUCACUGCAACUUCAAUGGAAGCAAGACAAUGUUGUCGAAACUAGCACUGGAUACCAGAGAUAAAUUUAUUUUACACUGUUUACUAGUCUGGCAUAAUAAUCUCAUCGUUAAUACUCAACAGUUAUUCCGAGGGUAUGACCGAUUGUUUUCCACAUAUCCAUUUUCUUUAAAGUAUCCUCGAAAAGGGGGUUUGUCUUUGGUUUGACUUGUCAAACAGUGGUGGCUUUUUCUGGACCUCAGCAGUUAAUUUUUCAGCAUUGUCGUCUGCCAUUUUAAAUGUGUGAGCUCUUAAAUUGCAAUGGAUUCUGAUUGGCUGUCAGUGUUUUAUCGUUCAACAGCUGGAAAAAAAUCGUUCUGAAAGUGAUCCCAACGAUAUUGUUUCUCUAUAUCAUUAUCGAUAUAGCUGGGCUGUGGACAGUGCUAUUUUGUUAUAUGUAGAAUGAUUUUUAGAACUAUAUCUUUAACAUUGUCUUUAUAGUUAUUCUUGGUGUGAACAGGCUUUUAUUUCAGUGUUAUUAAUGAUAAUAUUGCAGCAAACCGUUUGCUUUGUACAUUCAGUUUAUCAGCAAAGAGGAUAAACUUUAUCAUACGACUGGAUUGUGCAUGUGCAUUUUAAACACUUGCGUUACAUUCAUGCUCCAUUACAAUAAAUGUGUGUCUUUUAAAGAGCA